AUGCUGCACUGCACGAAUGCCUUCCGCGCGGCCUCGCCCGGCGUUGGCAUCGCCCCCGAGACAACACCCGUCAAGUACGUCCCAAGUAUGCUGAACAUCAAAAACAUGAUGUGGUGGAAUGGGCGCCGCAGUCCAUACCGCGCGGCUUAUCGCGAGAAGACGUGGUAUGAAGUCAGCCGCAUCGGCGCCCGCACAAAAGGCGGCCGGUCCAUCAUGCGGCAGAAGUACUCCCCGGAGGCCCUGCGACUCGCACUCGCGAUGGUGCCGGCAGAGUUUGAGGUCGCCGAUGUGCCGCGGCCGCCGCAGCGGAUAUUGGCGCAGUCCGAGGGGAUUGUCGGCCGCUGGUAUAGUAACUUCUGGACACUGCACGCAGUGAAGUAUCAGUGUAUGCUGGCAGGGGUGGAAUGGCCUUUUGGGGAGCGACAGAAACCACGUACAAAUUACGAAGAGCCAUUCUUUUUUGUAGACUUUGAAGAGAGUAAGGCUAUACGGGACUACAGAAGUCGAUGGAUUAAUGUUAAUCGCAGUCUAGUAGGGAUGUCCAAACGCAUAAAAGAAGCUGAAGAGGAGGCUCGAUAUAUGCAGUUUCGCAGACAACAAGACACUUUUUGGUCUAACCGUAAAGUGUUGGUGAACCGUGUGAAGUCCAUGUAUAACCAAGGUACAAUGACCUCAGCAAAGGAUCUACCCAUCAAAACACUCAAUAUUAAGGCAUUUCUCGCAGAGUGA